AUGAAUGUGAAAAUCAUAAUUAUGAAUUUUUGUGUAAGAUUAAUAUUUUUCUCCAUUUUAAUAUACGGAUCUCAGGCUUUAUAUGAAGAUCAAGUUGGUAAAUUUGACUGGAAAAAGUCUUAUGUUGGAAGAGUUAAAUACUCUCACACGAGUUUAAAUGGCAGGGAUUCGUCAAACCUUUAUGUUGUGACUGAAAAUAAUGUUGUUGCAGCUCUUAGUCUUCAUGAUGGAUCAAUAAAAUGGAGAAGAGUUUUAGAACUUGGUGAAUAUGGUGUUAUUCAUGCCUUAUCUGUUGGAAAUGAGGUGACGACACUUUCAGGUAAUGGUCCGUACCUGUUACGUGGGUGGAAUUUAAAUUCUGGAAUGCUAACCCAUGAAUGGACCAUUCCUGUUUCUGAGCAUAGUGGUUUCAAGUGGACCAUUCAUGAAAAUAAUUUAUACCAAGUGAGAUUCCUUCAAAAUUUGCUGGAAGUAACAUCAUAUAACAUUAAAACUGGAAAUCCUGCUGGAUUUACUAGUACUAUCAGUGCCCCAUGGCUUGAUAUCUCAUCCAAGUGUAUAUUAGAUGAAGGCACUAUUAUUUGCGUUUCUGACAGUGGAACUGUUACUGCCCGUGGUUUAUCAUCAAAUGCAUUAAGUUCUGGGAAAAUUCCUCUUUCCGAAAAGCCAGCGUCUUUGACUCCGGUAUCUUCGCCAUAUCCCUCAGCUUUGGUCACCACUGUUACAGGCAAGCGCAUGGUUCUAGUUGUAUCUGAAGGUUCUUUGUUAUUCUUGGAUGUACCUGUGAACGCAGUAGCCGCUGUGAGAAAGUCUUCAAGCGGACCUAUUUUAUUGCAGGCUUCUUUUAGUGAUGGGGAUUAUGAAUUAUCUGGAAUGAUUUUAAGUUCUAAACAUUCUCUGCAAGAAAAGAAAAAAACAGAUGGAGCUCGAUUGCCCAAAGCAUUGGUGUCUUCAUUUGAAUGCGUCACUGAUGACCCCGAUUUAUCCUGCUACCUUACUUUGGUCGGUGAAGAUGACUCCCUUAUUCUUUUAAAUGAAGGAAAAGUAUCAUGGGUGAGAGAAGAAGCGCUUGCAAAUAUUGUAGCUGUCGAAAUGAUUGAUCUUCCUGUUUCUGAUGAAGAAGCUGCAAUUGAAAAGGAGUUUGCGAACAAAGAAGGUGGUAUCGUGGGAAUGUUGUAUAGGAGGAUUCACAGCCAGUGCUUGCAGGUUGUUAACGCAGUCAUCAGUAUUCUUGGAUUGAAAGAACACAGAAGUGAAUCGAGGGAGGACCUUGUCAAGGAUCAGUUUGGUCUUCAUAAGCUCAUUAUUAUCGUUACAAAUGUUGCUAAGAUUUAUGGAAUGGAAAAUGAUAAUGGAGACAUCAUUUGGCAACAUCACCUGAAGGAUGUAAAUCUCUUUUCUGCAUUGGAUUCGCCUUAUGUACCUCUUUUCCUUCAAAGAACAAGCAGGCAUCUUCCCUAUCCAGCAAUAUGCACUCUUCUCUUUAAACAGAAGGGAACAGAAAAAGCUGCACUGUACGCAUUCAAUCCAAUCACUGGACAGCCUCUAUUUGGCGGGCUCAAUUUUUAUGAUUUUCAUGUAAAGCAGACACUCUUGCUUCCAAAAGAAAAUGAAGAAUUUAUUAAGAGCUUAUUAUUAAUUGCUGAUACUGAUGGGGUAGAAGUGUUCCCUCCUGAAACUAUGCAGGAUGCCUUGGAUUUCCACCAGGAUCUUUUUGUAUACGCAUCUGAUGUUGAAACUGGAAACCUGAAUGGAUUCAAUCUAGUUAAAUCUAAUGAGAAAUUGCGUGCUGUUCGAGUAUGGAAUAUCCAACUCAACGCUCCUAUAACUAGUAUUGCUCAAAAAAACAAAGCAGAGAGAGUACAUUCGCAGGGACGAGUACUCGCUGACAGGAGUGUCUUGUACAAGUAUAUAAACCCACAUCUGGUCGCUGUUGCAACACACACCAUAGAUCCUGUCCAUAAGAACAUGAUUACUAUUUAUCUGAUUGAUACAGUUAGCGGAGGUGUAAUUUUUAAUGCGGCUCAUAAGCGUGCCAUGCCUCCUGUUCAUAUGAUUAAUUCUGAAAGUUGGGUGGUAUAUUCUUACUUUAAUGACAAGGCCCGCAGAACUGAAAUGAUUUCUUUAGAUCUUUAUGAAGGAAAAUCAAUGAGGAAUUCGACCGAAUUCUCAUCUCUUUCCUACCUCGUAGAACCGAUUAUCGAGAGGCAAGCCUAUAUUUUUCCACAUAACAUCAUGGCAAUGAAGGAAACCAUAACUGAGAAAGGGAUUACCAACAAACACAUUUUAGUGGGGGUUAGCACUGGAAGUGUCAUCGAAAUCCCAUGGGCCCUACUCGAUCCUCACAGGUCAAAUGAUUCUAGAGAAGAAGGUGUCCUGCCUUAUACACCAGAUUUGACCCUCCCGCAUGAAGCAACGCUAACAUACAAUCACACCCUGCCUCAUAUAACUGGUAUUCACACAUCUCCGGCUGGUUUAGAAUCUACGUCCCUGGUUCUUGUUUAUGGCCUAGACUUAUUUUAUACUAGAGUGGCUCCUUCAAGAACUUUUGACGUCCUUAAAGAUGACUUUGAAUAUUGGUUGAUAACAGCCGUUCUAAGUGGCCUUAUUUCUGCUGCUUAUAUCACAAAGAAGCUUGCAUCUCGUAAAGCCCUCAAACAGGCAUGGAAAUAA